UCACUCAACACUGUUGAGAAUACAAUUCAAGUUUUUUGUUCUUCUUUUUUUAAUGUAAAACCUCGCGAUCUGGCAUCCCAGUGAAAGCGGAAAUAGUCAUGUAGUGUAUAAACGCGCGCGAGAAAAGCGUCAGUGUUUUGGUGGAAGUAAGUCUGGAGAAAGCGGGAGACUUUUCACUACAUUAUCCUUCUUUUAAUCUGUUCGAGUCUCCUGAUCCUUCAUCAGAAGCUCACUUUGGAACUGUCGACAGCAGAUUCAUAUAAAGAUGGCAGCAGUAACAAGUAGAGGAAUACCUUUAAGCUCGGUCAGUCCACAGUACCUGCAUGCAAACUCCACUAGCCACACCUGGCCAUUCAGUGCUAUAGCAGAACUGAUCGACAAUGCUUAUGACCCGGAUGUCAGUGCAAAACAACUCUGGAUUGAUAAAUCAGUGAUCAAAGACCAGGACUGCCUCAUCUUCAUGGAUAAUGGAAAUGGCAUGGAUUGUGACGAGAUGCACAAAAUGCUAAGUUUUGGCUUCAGUGAUAAGCAGACAAUAAGAGGCCAUGUUCCGGUGGGUCUUUAUGGUAACGGUUUUAAGUCGGGCUCCAUGCGCUUGGGGAAGGAUGCCAUUGUGUUCUCAAAGAGAGACGACACCAUGUGUGUGGGUCUCCUGUCACAGACUUACCUCGAGGAUACAGAAGCACAAAAUGUCAUAGUGCCUAUUGUCAUGUUCACCAACACCGGACAGACUGUCAGUGCUUCACCGGAGCAUGCAGAGAGUCUCCAUGAUAUCCUGACACAUUCUCUGUUUAACACCAAGGAAGAACUGCUGUCUGAGUUCAGUGUCAUUGAUUCAAGUGGAACCCGCAUCAUCAUCUGGAACCUACGCAGAACACCUUCAGGAGAAUUAGAAUUUGAUUUCAUGAAGAACCGUCACGACAUCCGGAUCCCUGUUGAUGUGUACGGGAGAACCGGGGAGACAAACAAGCGGCAGGCAGCAGGUGGCGUGUCAGUGCCUGAGAGUAAAUAUUCACUGCGGGCAUACUGCAGUAUCCUGUACCUGAAGCCAAGAAUGCAAAUUAUCAUUAAAGGGAAGAAGGUGAAAACUCAGUUGGUCACUAAAACAUUAGCAAAUGUCUCGAAGGACACAUACAAACCUGAUUCUGUUAAAAAGGCAAUACCAAUCAGAUUUGGCUACAACACCAAGAGCAGAGAGCACUACGGAUUGAUGAUGUACCACAACAACCGUCUCAUCAAAGCCUAUGAGCGUGUCGCCUGUCAGCGCAAGGCCGACGGAAGAGCAGUGGGAGUUAUCGGGGUGAUUGAGUGUAACCACCUCACACCAACUCACAACAAGCAGGACUUUGAUGAUACUGAAGAUUACAGGAAAAUCUUAAAGAAUGUAGGUAAGAAGCUCGAGGAAUAUUGGAAGCAACAGGUAUAUGCACCUGAGCUUAAACCUAACUGCACUGAGGAUACUGUGAGUUGUACAGAUGAAGAAGAGCCUGAGGAUUCUGAUGAUGAACAACCCAGAAACCAGAAAACCUACAAACAACAUGAGCGAAACCAGAAGUUGCAGCAGGAGAACAGGAAGCAGUUUUCCAUUGUUCAAUAUGUUUCCGCUUGGCAGAGGCUGUCUAGACACAAGUCAUCCUACAAAAAGAAACCCAGCUCUGUCCUUAUUUCCUCUUCUCACACAGGGGCCGACACCAGACCUUCUGUUAACACUUUACUUGACACUCAGCUCCCUUCUGUUCCUGGAAGGCAGAAGAGAGCCCUGGACUCAAAUCAAGAGAAUCCAGAUAACAAGAAAGCCAGAAGUAUAAAUUCUGGUCACAUUCCAGAUAAUUUGCCAACAUCCACAGUCUCAGCUGAGACUUUUUGUUCACCUGCCAUGUUCCCCCCUGAUAGUGGUGCUAAUGAAGCAGAAAGGAAGGAUGUUGAAAAAGUGAAGAAGCAGCAGAGCAAUGAAAUCACACAGCCCACCUUUGAAGUUGAGUACCUGCAGGCCAUGCAGACAGUAAUGCAGCUCCAACCUAUGGUGGAGAAUCUAAAAAAUGAGAAGUGCAGUUUAUUGACCCGCUGUGAGAGCCUGGAGAAAGAUUUAGAGAGGGUAAAGAGAGAAACUGAAAAGGCGAAGGUACGUGUGGAAGAUCGAGGGGUCCAGACAGAUUUUCAUAUUUCCUCCCAUGAAGAAAGUGCUUCAACUUCAUCGAGAGCCUCCAACUCAGGAAGAAGAACAGACUUUGGUACACAGCAGCAUGAGACACAGGACAGACCAAAAAUGGGACAAGAAACCAGUAACCCACAGUUACUGUUUGCAGCCCCAGAUCAAGAGAACGUCUCCUGGUCACCUUAGUCCCUGCGCUGGACCUACAGCAGGUGAAUUAUGACUGCAAAGCCAUCGAUGAAAUUCUCACUCAGUUUGUAGAUGAGAAAGAGUCAACGUCUGCAUAGCAGAAGAGCAAAACCUUUUAAAGCACAUUUAUCAUUUGGUUGGUUAAUGCAAAAUUACUUACUAAAUUACUUAACAAUUUCUUAAUAUGCCUGACUCUUACAUAUACUUUUUUGAAUUAUUCUUGACUAGUCAUGAAGAUUUCAGCAGCUACUACCACUUCAGAAAUGUUUCUUAUUAAUCAUUAACAACAUUUAUCUUUGUUUAGUUUUUAUUUCUUGUAUUUAAACGUAAACAUUGGUAUUUUAUAAAAAUGUGCAAACUAUAUUUUUAGAUAUACAGCUCAUGUGUAGGCUUUAAGGCUUCCUUUUUUUCUAUUUCUUUUGAAUCAGCAAUUGUUUCAAAUUCUAUGCUUAAAAUGCUUAGAGCAAAUUCUAUGCUGUGUGUAUAUAUAGUGUCUGUAUAUAACAUUGCAUGCAAAGUAGGGACAAGAAACAACAUGUAAAUGAGACUUUAGUGGUUUCUCAAUAGCACUAACAAGUUCAGAUCUCGUACACAGCACACAUGUAAUUAUGUCUCAAACAGAAACACAAAUUAAAGGUGAUAAGACUCUUUUAAUCAAAAAUGCAAAAAGUUACAUUUGAAAGCUCUCAUUAAUAAUACAAACAUAAUGAAAACUACAAAAGCAACUUUACCAUAGUAAUAAAAUAUAUUUCUCAAAAUUUUGAGGAUAUUGAGACAAAACUGUGAGAAAAAAAAAUUAAAAUAAUAAUAUAAUAGAAUGGACUUACUCAAUUUUACUAAAAAUUUACCAUUUUUAAUAUCUGGCCUUUGGUUGUAUUUUUACAACCAAAGUAAUUUUUAGGCUCCAUAAAUCACACUGACAAUGCUGAAUUAAUCCAUUUGUAGUUUGCACCACUCUGUAUUUGACCUUUUUAGUUAGCACUCAAAUAGCAUAUUCAUUAAGGCAAACAGAGGUGGCAUUCUGCUCAGGUUAGACAUAAUCCUCCACUGACUCCUGUUAAAAAAAUCAGUGUGCACAUUUUUUUAGCUGUUAGAAAGUUUACACACGUUUUUACACAAGCAAAUUUUUCUAUAUCAGAGUCUCAGUAUAAUGUGUUAACAGUAUGAUGUUCUAUGUGCUCUUUGUCUGUCGGUUUCUUUUCUGUUUUCUGGUUUGUUUGUUUUUUGUAACUCAGGGCAACUUUGGUACUUUGAGGGUUUGCUGUCAAUGUGUUUUCCACAAAUUAAAUCAUUGAAGUAUGGCAAAAUAAAUGACUGCCUUAGAAAUAAUAAUAAUAAUAAUAAUAAUACCAUCUUACAAAUCAAAUGCUCUUACUCACUCUUACAGUAAAGUAAAAACUUUCAAUUAGGAUUAAAGCACAGUAAUGGCUCUAAUGGAUUUAUUGCCCCCUAGUGGUUGCCCUGAUACAAGAAUAUCAGCAAAGAAUGUGUGCUUAUUAUGUGAUUGUCUCUAAUAUAUAUUUUAUGUAAUGGAUAUUUAGAAGUGCAAGGGGAUGAAUUGGCAAUAAUAUUUGACUCAACAUAUAUUAUAAUAGCAUAAACGUUUAUGCAAGAUGAAAUAAUAUUGUCUAGUGAUAUUAAAUAGUGUAGAGGUCAUUUUAUUAUUCUUAUACUUAUUAU